AGCGGUGACAUCAGUACCAGCAGUGCCGUCAGUGAACCUUCGGAUUCAGCUGCGCCGCUCAGAGAUGGCGUCGCUUCUGCAGCCGGAUAGAGUUGUCUAUCUGGUCCGUGGAGAGAAAAGGAUUAGAGCCCCUUUAUCCCAACUUUAUUUUUGUCGUUACUGUAGUGAGCUACGAUCUCUGGAAUGUGUGUCUCACGAGGUGGACUCCCACUAUUGUCCAAGCUGUCUGGAGAACAUGCCAUCUGCAGAGGCAAAGCUUAAAAAGAACAGGUGUGCAAAUUGUUUUGACUGCCCAUGCUGCAUGCACACGCUGUCCACUCGGGCCACCAAUAUCCCAGCACCUCUACCUGAUGAUCCUACCAAGACAGCCAUGAAGAAGGCCUACUAUCUGGCCUGUGGCUUCUGCCGCUGGACCUCUAGGGAUGUGGGAAUGGCUGAUAAAUCAGUUGCCAGCGGUGGAUGGCAGGAACCAGAGAACCCUCAUACUCAGCGGAUCAACAAGCUGGUUGAGUAUUACCAACAGCUGGCCCACCGGGAGAAGCAGGAGAGAGACAGGAAGAAGUUGGCCAGGAGAAGACAAUGCAUGCCUCUGGCAUUCUCGCAACACACUAUUCAUGUGGUGGAAAAAUAUGGCCUUGGAACCAGACUGCAGAGGCAGAGGUCUGGAGCUCCCAUAUCAAGCCUGGCAGGGCUUUCACUUAAGGAGGGUGAGGACCAGAAGGAGAUCACCAUCGAACCUGCCCAAGCCCUUGAGGAAGUGGAGCCCCUGCCUGAAGAUUGUUACACCAGGCCCAUCAGUUUACCAGAGGUAACCACGCUGCGCCAGCGGCUUCUACAGCCGGACUUCCAGCCUGCAGGGGCGUCUCAGCUCCACCCCAGACACAAGCAUCUUCUGAUGAAGCGUUCACUGCGCUGCAGGAAAUGUGAGCACAAUUUGAGCAAGCCAGAGUUUAAUCCGACUUCAAUCAAGUUUAAAAUUCAGCUGGUGGCUGUGAGUUAUAUCCCUGAAGUGAGAAUUAUGUCCAUUCCAAAUCUCCGGUUCGUGAAGGAGAGCCAAGUGCUGCUGACCCUGACCAACCCAGUGGAGAACAUCACCCACGUCUCACUGGCUGCUUGUGAGGAGGACGAUCCUGAUGAUAUCAACAGUACUGCCAAGGUCAUAGUACCCAGCAAGGAACUGGUCUUGGCAGGAAAGGAUGCUGCUGCAGAGUACGAUGAACUGGCUGAACCUCAGGACUUCCAGGAUGACCCAGAUGUUGUUGCCUUCAGGAAAUCCAACAAGAUUGGUUUCUUCAUCAAAGUCAUCCCUCAGAAAGAAGAGGAUGCGGAUGUCACUGUUUCGUUUAAGAUCAGACAUGACUUCCGCAACCUCGCAGCUCCCGUCAGGCCGAGCGAGGAGGGAGCUGACAACCCCACCGAGGCCAUUUGGCUCACGCACCACGUAGAGCUGAGGCUGGGUCCCCUCGCUCCCUGAACAUGAAUACUCAAUUUACUCUCAAACAGUCGCAGAGUCCUAGUGUUGGGUUCUUUGAACUAAUUUCUUUAAACUGUGGGAUUUAUUUAAUUUAAAAAUGAUUUCUGAUUCUGCUCAUUAAUGUGUGAGAAUGUUUAGAGAUAAACUUUGCCUCACACUGUUUCAAAGCUUUUUGUUGUUUUAGCUUUACCUUGCAUCAUCAGAUACAUUGUGGAACAUGCAGCACAGUGAUUGAAUCACAGCUCCCUUUGCCGCCCUGUUUGUAAAACAAUAUGAAACCAUGUGUGACUGCAGACUGGCUGAUACAUGCAGCACGUUUUGUUUUAGUGUUGCUAAAUGCAGUGCUAAAAACACUGUACUUUACUGCAUUAUCGUCCUCCUUAGCUUUAACACUGAACCAUCUAUGAGUAGAAAACAGUUAUAGUGUAGUUACAGGAAAAAAUCUUCUAUAUACACUACACAUAGUUACUUAUUAAAAUGUUAAGUUAUGAUUAAAAUGACACAUUUUGCUGUUGCUGGAAUGUAAAAAAAAGGUUUUUACCACUAUGUUACAUACAGUGUUUUCUUUAACAGCAAAGCAACUACAAGCUCCCGGUCUCUGUCGCCAAAAGACUACAUUUUGUCAUAUUAAAUGUAUUAGCGGUUAUUGUUCAAAGAUGAGAGUGAGUGGUUAUACAUUAAUAUAAGAAUGAGAUUAUAGAAAUGGUAGAGAGUAACUUAGUGGAGUCCAUGAGCAGAAUCAGAAACCAAAACUGAGAACAAUCUGAACAAUUCCAACUGCACAGCGCGCACACACACACACACCCCCCCCAACCACCACUCUGCGCUUCUCGCUUGUGUAUCCUUGUCAACAUCCUUUUCUGCAGACAAUAGUAUCGUAUUAACUCGCAUGCUUCGACUAUAGUAAAUAUCACAGAUGUUAGACAAUGUCAUCACAGUUACUGAUCCUGCACUGUUUUCUUAUCAAAAAGGAGGAUGUUCAUGGGUCAAAGGUGAAAACCUGCCCAUAAUUUUACUAUUUUCUGAAGUCACCCAGUAACUGUCAUUGGCACUAAGGAGAGGAUGUAGAGGAAGACCUGUAAAUUACAUUAAGUGUUAUCAGUUUAAUAUGUUGAGACACUAUCAUUUUUCCUGAUUUGAAAAAGUAUCUUUUUGGUUUGUAGACAUCACUGAUCUCAUGAUGUCAGUGUGUUAUCGUAAGCUGCUGUUGUUUUUGGUCUCCAGUGUGUAAACUUAGUAAAAACAGAGCCUUACAACACAGGUAAUCUUCUGUACGGGCUAAUAAAAUAAUGUAAUACUGUAA